CCCGCCGAACUCUCUAAAUCCGGGGAUUAUGUGCCGAGGGCUUUGCUCUGUGGGGAAGCAAGAAUCUCGACCGCCGGGUGUUGGUCCUCAUCAAAGUCCGCGGCGUCCGGACAGGGACAGUUUUGUACAAUGUUUGGUCAAUUUGGGGCUCACGGAGAGCCAGGCCGAGCAGGUAUAUGAGAGAGUAACUAAGACUCACGUGAAACACGACAUGUCUGCCCUCACGGCUCUGGCAGCGCUGGGUCUAAACUCGUCCAGUAUCGUGAAGGUUCUGGAGAAGUGUCCCGAGUUGUUGUCUCUGAGGGCACCGGAGAUUCAGCAGCGCGUUGGUAACCUGAGGAAACUUGGAUUGCUGGAGGGUAGUCUUCAGCGUAUGGUCAGUCAUUACCCCCACAUCCUGACGGUGCCUGUGAAGAGGGUGAACAUGGUGGCUCGUUUCCUCAGGGAGAAAUGUCUCUUCACCGUGCAGCAGCUCACAGACAUCCUGCGGGACUCCCCGGUCGUCGUGGAGGAAGACCUCCAACGCCUGGAGUAUAAAUUUCAGUAUGCUUACUUUCGGAUGGGCACACGGCAGGCUGAGAUGGUCAAGGCCAGACUUUUCCGGGUCUCUCUGGAAGAGCUCCGAUGUCGUCACUGCUUCCUGGAGCGACGGGGACUUUACCAGACCCCUGACAAAAAGGGCCAGACCCUCAUCCUCAACCCAAAGCUCAAAGACGUCCUCUGCGUCUCCGAGGAAACCUUCCUCAGCCAGGUUGCCAAGGCAACUCAGGAGGAAUUGGACGUAUUCUGGAAACUGACAGUACGGGAAAUGGCUGAGGAGGUCGAGGAGGGUCGGGAGGAGGAACCCAGCAGUGACGAAGAGGAGGAUGAUGAGGAGAAGGAGGAAGAUGAUGAGAAAAAGCACAAGUGGAACACUGGUUAUAAUAGAAGAAAGAGAUGAAACAGACAGA